ACACACCAAAUUCAUCAUGAUUGAAGAUAAUAAGGAAAACAAAGACCAUUCCUUAGAAAGGGGAAGAGCAACACUCAUUUUUUCCUUAAAGAAUGAAGUUGAAGGACUUAUAAAAGCACUGAAAAUCUUCCAGGAGAAGCGUGUAAACCUGUUACAUAUUGAGUCCCGAAAAUCAAAGAGAAGAAACUCAGAAUUUGAGAUAUUUGUUGACUGUGAUAUCAACAGAGAACAAUUGAAUGAUAUUUUUCAUUUGUUGAAGAUUCAAACUAAUGUUCUCUCUGUGAAUCCACCAGAUAAUUUUACUGUGAAGGAAGAUGGUAUGGAUACUGUUCCUUGGUUUCCAAAGAAGAUUUCUGACCUGGACCAUUGUGCCAACAGAGUUCUAAUGUAUGGAUCUGAACUGGAUGCAGACCAUCCUGGCUUCAAAGACAAUGUCUACCGUAAAAGACGAAAGUAUUUUGCAGACUUGGCUAUGAACUAUAAACAUGGAGAUCCUAUUCCUAAGGUUGAAUUUACUGAAGAGGAGAUUAAGACCUGGGGAACUGUGUUCCGAGAGCUCAACAAACUUUACCCAACCCAUGCCUGCAGAGAGUAUCUCAAAAACUUACCUUUGCUUUCUAAAUAUUGUGGAUACCGUGAAGAUAAUAUCCCACAAUUGGAAGAUGUCUCAAACUUUUUAAAAGAGCGCACAGGUUUUUCCAUCCGUCCGGUGGCUGGUUAUUUAUCACCGAGAGAUUUCUUAUCAGGUUUAGCCUUUCGAGUUUUUCACUGUACACAGUAUGUAAGACACAGUUCAGAUCCCCUCUAUACCCCAGAACCCAUACUGCAACAGUGCUACUUUUUCACUGUGGAGUUCGGUCUGUGUAAACAAGAUGGGCAGCUAAGAGUCUUUGGAGCUGGAUUACUUUCUUCUAUCAGUGAACUCAAACAUGCACUCUCUGGACAUGCCAGUGUAAAGCCCUUUGAUCCCAAGAUUGCCUGCAAACAGGAAUGUGUCAUCACAACUUUUCAGGAUGUGUACUUUAUAUCUGAAAGCUUUGAAGAGGCAAAGGAGAAGAUGAGAGAAUUUACCAAGACAAUUAAGCGUCCAUUUGGAGUGAAGUAUAAUCCAUAUACGCAGAGUAUUCAGAUCUUGAAAGACACCAAGAGCAUAACCAGUGCCAUGAACGAGCUGCAGCAUGAGCUCCAUGUUGUCAGUGACGCCCUUGCUCAGGUCAGCAGGCAGCCGAGCACCUGACUGCUGCCAGUUCUAACCUCAAGAGCAUCCGAGCAUCAGUGCAGAGGCUUGUGGGCCACUUCUUGCUUUUCUUGAAGACCUGGUCGUGAAGGGACAGCAGCCAAACAAUAUUCUCUACUCUUGUUCCUUAAUGGAUUGUUAAUCUGUGAAAAUUUGUACUUGGAUGUUCUAGCCAUCACCAAUUAUUUUCUGUAGCAGUUUUAGUGAAAUAUGAUUCAACAUACCAUGCAACUCACUGGCCACCCGUUUUUUACAUACAGGAGUUGUUUGAUCCAAUGGGUAGAUCUAGUCCCAGCCUGAUUGUUUUCCCCAAUCCAUCUUGAGUAAAAUGAUUUUUAUGAUCACUUAAAACACCUUGCUGGGUAUUAUAGAACUGACCCAUGCUGUUACCUAAGAUCCUCUUAUUUCUAAAGUAUCUUACUUAUAACCAAAUUUUGCUAGGCUUAAUCACAUUUGCACCCCUGAAUUUAAUAGGAGACUAGCUGUCUCUUCUGCUAAAAUCAGCAACAGAGGCCUUUGCACAUGAAGCAUACUUAUUACAGAGCAAGUAAUGUAGUUUCAAUUGUAGUGUCUCGUAGGGAAAUAGGAGUACCUAAAUCAGGAAAGGCUGUGUAGGGUAUAAUCCUUAAGACCAGGCUAAGAAUUUCGGGCUUUAUUUUGCUGACAGUAGGGAGUGCCUUCCCCAGUGACCAUCCUCCUUGAAACUCUUUCCUUUCUAAGGAAUGGUAUGAUGCCAAUGGAAUUUUAGAUUGUCUAUUCUACUCAUGGGGCCAAGGGAACUUGGUUGGGGUACCACAUGCAAGACCCUGUACUCAGACAUGCAGCCAGGUAUCAUAUUGUGAUGGGUGGGGUUCUGGUUAGCAGGAGACAGUGAUGUCAAAGGGAGAUUCAAACUGAGACAGAUGAGAGAAGCACAGAGUUAAAGUUGGAAAAGCAGUGCUGAGCACUUUAUUUCCAACCUAUAAGGUGAGACCUAGUAAGGCAAGUUGUAAGGGUAAAGGGUAGGGAAACAGGCAAUAGAACAUAAGAAAGGUCAGGUAGAGCAUUUUAGGACUGACACUGUAACAACGCAGGGGUUGCAAGGACUGGUUUUUAUGUGGUGUCAACCAUGUAGUGUAGGGCAUAGGCCUGGGAUAGGCCAGUGAAGUCGGAUUACUGUGUACAUGCUGUGCCUCUUUAAUUGGCUCCUUUCCUUCUACCUCCCACUAAAGGAAGACUUUCCUCAAGUUUCUGAGUUUGGCCCUCCUCUCUUUCUGCCAUUUUUCCAUGGGAAAUGCCAUCCACAUCCAUGAUUUCCAUUCUUAUUUCAUAUGACUUCCAUAUUUGCUAUUCUGACUCUGACAUAUGUCUUGAAUUUUUGUCUUCUAAGUCCAGCUAUAUGCUGGAUAUUUCAAUGUAGAUGUCCCAUAAGCUAGGCCAGUGUGGUACAACUUCUUGUGGCACCAUUCACAUAGAAUGAAAUGGGGUUGUGUAAUGAGGCAGCCUUGCCACAUAUCUCAAACUCAGUAGGUCCAAAAAGGAACUCAGAGUCACUUAUUACACCCCAUCAGCUUCCUCUCCUAGUGAUCUCACUUCUAUUCAUGGUAUACUAAGAGUCAUAGUUUCAGACCAUAUUUCAUUCUUAAUCACCUAUUUAAUUGUGUCCUUUUUUCCCCACAUCAAUUCCCUAUUAAAUAUUAUUAUUUAUUAAUAUUAUCCAUUAAUUGUAUACCAGUUAAUGUUUUAUUUCAACAGAACUUCAUAAAAAAACUAAGAAAUUUAUUUCAUUUUAUGUUAUACAAGGAAAUAGAAUUGGGAAGAAUAAUUCAUGCUACUUCAGAUUUUUAUAUUUCUUAUAAAUUUUAAUAGCUAGUCAACUAUUAAGUAUACCUUUGAUAGUAAUAGUCUAAGUUAGCUAAUCUAAAAUCAUUAGAAAUUUUGAUUAGCUGGUUUAUAGUUAGUAUAUUUGGUUGCAAGGAAAUCUUUUGCAAGCAAACCAUGAUAAACAGCAAAUUAUGCAUACCGUAUCAGGUUAUUUUUAUACAACUUGAUCAUGGUAAAGAAUCAUAAUUAUUGAAUUUUAAAAUGGUGGUAUUUAUUUUCACUCUAUAACUAAAUCACACUAAAAUAAAUAUUAAGGGUACAACCAUUAUAUUCACAACUUUAGGAUAAUGGAAAUAUUUAAUGAUUGAUUUGAGUUCUUUCUUCUUACUUCUGAAUUUAUAGUAUUUGAUAAAUCAGGAGUCCUGAGAGUCUUAGAAUUUUCAUGCACUUAAAAUAUGUGUCUUCAAAGCAUCUAGGAUAUGUUAAUAGUUACUGAAAUAUGAGAACAGAAUUGAACCAAAAAGUUGGUUCAUAAUUCUUAAUCAGUGAAUUAAUACUCAAAGACAUAAAUGAUAUUUUUCCUGACUUUUUGAAGAAAGCUCCAAAAACUUGUGGUCAAAAUGCCUACAUUUCUUAAUUUCUUAUUUUGUCAUUCAGAAUUAUAUAAUAGUAAUAACAUAUCAAAAUGUACAGAAUUAUAGUUAAUUUUUAAGUUGGCUUCCAAAUUGAAAAAGGAAACGAAACUCUGAAAUUCUCUAAAGGAACAUGAUUAUAAUAGAGUUCACUUAUUUAUUUCUAGGAAAUGUAUAAAGAUUCUGUGGUCUAUUUCAGUCUAGUCUUUAUUUUACUAUAUGAUAUGCACUUAGGAUUUGCAAGUUUGUUAUUCAACUGGAUAAUAAAUGGACACAAACUUUUUGUUCUCAAAAAGCAUGUAUUUAUUUUUGUCAAACAUUAAAAACAGA